UGUCUGUCUCUGUCUCUCUCUGUCUCUCUCUCUCACACACCUUCUUUCCCUCUCUAUUUCUUUGACAAAAUCAGGCCCCAGCACUCUGUACGUUAACAAUGUGCAGCGGCAGAUAAGUGAAGAUGGUGAAAGUUUAUGUUUACUGCCCCUUAGAGUCACUUCACUUUUAUUACGGUGUGACUCCUGUACCUAUAGAGUCACAAAUCUCUCUCUCUCUCUCUCUCUUAAGUGUUCUUUGCUACUUCUAACAAACAAGAUUUUCUAAGACUUUGGUCUUUAUUGUCACGGAUAACAUUGUCUGGACAUUAAUUUUUGAGCUAUGAGCUAAAGACUGUCACAGAUACACUGUAGUUCUGAACAUUCUCAUAAAUUUUAAAAGCAAACUGUAUAUAAACAUUUGAAUCAAAGAGUUUUUUUUUUGUACUUUCCUUUUUAACAACUUCAACCGCCCCCAGAAUUCACCAAAUUCAGGACAGAAUUCACCAAAAUAAGGAAAGAAUUCACCUAAAUCAGGACAGAUCGUAGCAACUCUGCUUCAAUCAUGGAUGCCAACGGAAUUUCCCUCAUCGGCGCAAAAUCAAUCCACAGCGACGGACAUGCCUACGUCAACGCCGCCUUUAGAGCAGACGACGGAAAGAGGAACAGUCUGGAGAACACCAGCCACGCCAGCCCCCACAGCAGCCCAACUGUCAGCAUCAAGAUCGCCAGUAACGAGAAGCUUGGCUCGGAGAACGCGUACAAUGAGAUCACCCCCCAGAAGAGGGACUCGGGUUCUGUAGAGUUCAAUGUUCCAAAGAAAGCCCCUAGCAAAGAGAAACUCAAGUCUGAUGGACCUUACAGAGGAAUGGGAAAAGAGGAGCUGCUACGACACUCCUCCAGACCUCUUUGGAGAAACCUUCGCUACGUGUGUAUCUCAGUAGUGCUGACAGGCUGGCUUGCUCUCCUGAUUACGGUCAUAGCUCUAGUACUGACCUACCCAAAAUGUCGCGAGGCACAAGAGCGCGACUGGUGGCAAAAGACUGUCAUCUACAGGGUUUAUGUUCGAAGCUUUUAUGACUCUGAGAAUGACGGGAACGGUGAUAUCAAUGGCUUAAGACAGCAGCUAGAUUAUCUGAGUGAGCUUGGAGUCAACACCCUAGCCUUGAGUCCCAUCUUCAGACUGGCCCCUAACGCCACCUCAGACACACAGAUAGUAAACCACACUGACAUAGACCCGAUGUUCGGCACCCUGGAACAGUUUAAACAGUUGGUCAACGAAACCCAUAGCAGAGGUAUGCACAUUACAUUAGACUUCAUACCCAACCACACGUCAGACGAGCACCCCUGGUUCAUUGAGAGUAAGAAAGAGAAGGACACGACACUCAACGUCUACAGGUCCUACUACGUGUGGAGCGAAGGCAGGGGAACUAAUGGGUUGAUUGAACCAAACAACUGGACAUCAGUCUACCAGUGUUCGGCUUGGAAAAAGGCUGAUAUCAAUUUUUUCUACUUACAUCAAUUCGAACUCCAUGAACCGGAACUAAAUCUCAGAAGUGAAAAGGUCAGAGUAGAGCUCGAAAAUAUACUGCAAUUCUGGCUAGACCUCGGAGUCGAUGGUUUCUACAUUCGAGAUGCGGACUACCUGUUUGAGGACUACGAUCUGAGAGAUGAUAUACUACUGGACAACACAACGGAAAAGGAGGCUUGCAUCCCCCCAGUGUAUAAAUAUGAGGUCUAUGAUCACAUUCAUACUAAAGGUUUGGACGAAUUGUUUGAUGUUCUAGCAAGGUGGAGGUCUUUCCUGGAUGACUACGGCAAUAAGACCAAGAAAUAUAGAAUUCUGUUGGCCGAUGUUGAUGGUUCCUAUAAGCAUGUCAUGAACUACUACGGACGCUUCCAUCGUGACGGAGUUGACUUUCCACUCAACAAAUUUAGCCUGGAACUCAAUUCGACGUCAGACGGUCAAAGUAUCGGGACUAUGGUCAUUAAUUGGCUAGAGAAUAUGCCAGCUAAACGCUGGGCUAAUUGGAUGAGUGGAGAUGACCGCAGUGUUCGUUUGUUAGACCGUCUUGGUCAUCAGUUGGCUGGACCGUAUCUAAUGCUGUCUAUGUUGCUCCCUGGUACACCUUACAUGUACUACGGGGAUGAAAUAGGUCUUCAAGCUCUACCAGGCAAUACGAGUACAAUGAGUCGGUCAGCCAAGAAGCCCAUGCGGGGCCCGAUGCAAUGGAGCAACAGGACAUAUGCAGGCUUUUGUAAAGACUACUAUUGCAAAGAAAUGUGGAUCGAACCAAACCCUGAGUACUUGAAAGAAAUGAAUGUAGAGUUUCAAAAGGGAAAUCCCGAAUCUAUUUGGAACUUGUUCAAAAAUCUGACGUCACUCCGUAAAGACAAGCCCUCAUUUGAAUACGGAGAUUUCAUUCAAGUUCUCCAUGACAACGAAGUGUUUUCAUUCGUCAGAGAGUUUGAUGGAGAAAAAGGGUACCUAGUAGCUUUAAAUUUUGCCGACAAAGAAGCAAGAAAGACUCUGAAGGGCAGACACUCCACGAUUCCAGGAAGUGCUUCAGUGGAAGUAGCGUGGGGAGACAAGAGGCUUCACUCCAAGGGAGGGAGCGCUGGCCUUGACCCCGUCACCUUGGCACCCUAUGAAGGGAUCGUUGUUUCAUGGGAUUACAAGGCCAAAGAACUUUAACACAGUUUUAUUGAAAUUAUUUUGUAAUAUUUAGUAUAAGCAAAUUGUACAAAUAAUAGAAACAUACAUUAUUCAUCAUUAACAGGGCCGGAUUUACAAUUAAAGUAAGGGUGCACAGAGCCUCAACCUUAAAAAGGGGCCACUACAUGUAAAAGAAAAUCAACAUUUCAUAAUUAUAUCAUGCAUUAAAAUGUAUUAAUAUCUAAAUUGCAUUGAUGUUAAACUUUGAAGGGUUUAAGGGCCGCCUAAAAAAUCAUGUCUAGAGCCUCCAUUUACUAAUAUCCGGCUUUGAUGAAUCCAUUCACAAUAACAUUUGAGCUCAACAAUCAAAUUUUGAUGUUUACUAAAUUCAUAUAUUUGGCUUUCUAUUAAGGACGUAAAGUCAAUUCUUUCUUAUUAAACAGUAUGUUAUAGUUGCUCUAAGCAGGACCAGACAUGCAGCAGUGCAAACUGUGCUCUCACCAGGACUUUACCCAGAAGGGGAACCUCCAAAAAAUGAAAUGUUUACAAAACAAAAAUUCUAGUUAAAGAAGGGAAAAGAAAUUAAAACGUAAUUAAAUUGACAAGUACUCUCUUUCUAUCUUCACAUAUGGGACCUGCUUGCCGAAUAGGGUUGGAAGUUACCUCAUGAAAUCCUGCCCAGGGCCUCCACUUUAGUAGAUCCGGCUCUGACAUAAAGUAUUGUCCUGGGUACUUGAAUGUGUUCAUUCACUGCUCUUGUCUUGAUCUCAUAGAAUCACUGACUUAAUAAUUAGAACGAAUUAAAACGAUGUUUCUUUACAAAUGGGGAUGAUCAUCUUGUCUGUAAACACGUCGCUAUUUAACUAGCAGUUCCUUCACCAUGUUUCUUGCUUCAAGCCCAAGCCUCUCCUCUUCUGUACGUCUGCUCUGCAACGUCAGUCGUCGUCUGUCUGGCUACGUCACUACUUUCUACAGUCACUAAAUGCACACUAUAUUUAAUUACAAACUAACAUACUCUCUAAGCUAAACUAGGUCACGACAGUAUUCUUACUAAAUCUAAAUCCUUAACAAAGUCUUGCUCUCAAAAGUCAACAAGUCCUCACCUCAAUGUCUUUUCUUCCUUACCGAUGUCAUCCAGUUUCUAGAGCUAUUUUAAGAAUCGAUAAUCAAUUAAUUGAUUGCGCUUAUUCUGGAAUUUCUUCUUUUCCUCCGUAAAAGACUAAAUUCUGGAAGAGAAAAGAUUGCUAAUCUAAGACAAAAUAUGUCUGUAAACUUAAAAAGUUACUUUAUUUUACACUCAAUUUCUUUUACUUUAUUGUCUUACAUUAUUUUGUACUUAGAAAUGAAGAUUACAUAAUAGUGUGCAUGUUACCAAAUCUAUGAAAUUUUCUGUUUAUGUCUAUGUGAACUCAUGAUGGAAAUUAGCUGUCUGCGUUUAGGGAUAUAUUUUGAUUAUGUAUUCAAAAUUGUGCAAAAAAUCUAAAUUUGCUAUAUAAAAAUACCCUUUCGCCGACACAUA